ACUGCUCGGACGAAAAAAGGAUCGUUGAGUCGUUCGCGAUUGGAGUUACUCGCAAGUCAGCACUGUUCGUGGUAAAAUGUCUCUUCGUUACUCCGGUUGGCUCAUUUUCCUCGUGAGCGCCCUCUUCCUCAGAGACAACCGCGUCGAUGGAGCAAUGACGAUGGCACAGAUGGAAACUGCGGCCAAGGGCUUCAGGAACGUCUGCAUUCCAAAAUCUGGCGCUGAUCCAGACAUCGUAGCCGGUUUGAGAAGUGGUAAUUUUCCUGAGGACCAAAAGUUCCAGUGCUACAUCAAGUGCGUGAUGAACUUGUUGAAAACGAUCAAAAAUAACCAACCACUUCUGGACCCAAUAAUCAAACAAAUAACCGUUAUGAUGCCAGAGGAACUGCAAGAGCGAAGUAUCGCAUCUGCAAGAAAGUGCGCAGUUCAAGACUUUGACUCGGACGGGUGCGUCGCAGCUUGGCAAUACAUCAAGUGUCAAUACGAAGCAGAUCCCGAAGUGUUUUUCUUCCCCAUGCAACGGCCGACACUUACUUUUUUAAUGGUUGCUGGUUUGUUGGUGAUUCUUAACUUUUCGGAAACGGAAGCUAGGAUGACCUUGCCGCAGUUAAGGAACGCGGUGAAGGGACUAGCCAAGGGUUGCAUUAAUAAGUCGGGAGUCUCUCAAGAGAUGUUGGCUCUUGCGAGGAAAGGAGAUUUCCAGGACGAUCACCCACUGCAAUGUUAUUACUUGUGUAUCUACGGACAAAUGAAAAUCGCGAAAGACGGCGUUCUGUUGUUGGACGUGAUGUACAAGAAUAUGGACAUGAUGAUGCCCCUGGACAUGAUCGAACGAUCAAAGGAAGUUGCUCUGAAAUGUUUCAACGAGAUGGACAGUGACGACGCGUGUGUACGGAGUUGGCAGUUUACCAAAUGUUAUUGGGACACAGAUCAGUCGAUAUUUUUCAUACCAGCAUGAGGGAUGUAAAGAAGAGGAUGGAAAGGCGUCGGAGUGGCAGAAUUUUCAGGUGAGGACACCAAGUAUUGUGAACUCUCAGAGAAAAUAUGAGGCUGCUCGAUGCAAACGACGGCGCGGAGAUCCGAGAUGCAGGGUGCGACGUAAACGGAAUUAUUCAGGAAAGGGGAGUUCGGUCGUGUCAACGAAUCACCAGGAGGGACGCAAAACCACGAGGAAUAUCAUGUGGAUAACGUAUUGAAGCCCGAAGCAAUGUUGAUAAUUGAUUGGCAUGAUCAGUUGACCGGAAAACCGUGAGAGGGAGACGAAAAGAGAGAAAGCAACUAAUUCGAAUUUAUAUUCUGUCGUUGUUUACAGUUAAGGGAAUAAAUUCUUGUAUGUUUUCCAUUAUAAA